CUCUAAUUCUCACUUGUUGGGGAAACUGAGGCGCAGAACAGGAGGCUCCCUAAGGGAGCUGGCCGGCCCUCCUGUGCCCUGUGCUGCGAGGUGUGGGGAAGGGCUUCAGCUUUAGGGAAGGAGGCCAGUUUAAGGCCAGAGGCUCAAGGCCAACCCCCCCCCCCUUUAGUGGGGCUUCAGUGCCAGCUCAGGCCGGAGCCAAGAAGUCGUCAUGCCUGCUCUCCCCGGGCACACAGCUGCUCUUUGUCUCAGAGGCACUUAUCUGGCCAGGAUCAGGGAGGGGAAACCUGGAGCACAGGCUCCUGGGACUGACUUCCCUGAAAAGACCUGAGGCUCUCCCUCCAUCAGCCUGUGGUUUGCUGGCCCAGGUCCCUAGUCCUUCCUGGAAAGGCCCAGACAGAAGGAGGCCAUCCCCCGGAGCUCAGGGGGGCUGAUCCCUCUCCUGCCUCCAGGUCAGGAUUUAAUUCUGAGGUCCUGGCUCAUGGAUUAUGGCUCAUCCUCUACACCCCUUGGCCAACAGGACACAAAGCUUUGUGAAUCCCAGAUUCUGCCAAGUCCACCAGUAUGCACACCCUUACUUGCCUCACAUGGGCUCAAGUACUGGAGAGAUAAAGAACGGCAAAAGAAGAAAGGAGUUCCUGACAUUGAAGAACAGCCAGUGCUCUUCCAGGGGAAGGUUCCAGUGACAGUUGAGGAGAAACAAAAUCUAGAUGAAAGAAAGAGCCUAAGAGAGCUAGAGGCAUUGGGCCUGGCACACUGGAGGAGCUUAAUAUAUACUUGUUUAUUCCAAUGCUUAGGCUCUGGGGCAGUUUAUUUGCAGAUCUCUCUCCCUCUCUCUCUUCCUCUGUGUCUCUUCUCUUUCUGUGUCUCUGUCUCUCCCUCUUUCUCUUGUCUCUCUCCCUCUUUUUCUUCCUUUGUUUCUGUCUCUCUCCUCCUCUUUCUCUUCCUCUGUAUAUCUUUCUCUUGUCUCUGCCCUCUCUCUUUCCUGUGUGUGUCUCUGCCCCCUCUCUACUUCUCUUCCUGUUUGUCUCUUUGUCUCUGUCUGCCUCUCUCUCUUCCUGUGUAUCUCUGUCUGUCUCUGCCCCCCUUCUUGUGUCUCUCUGUCUCUGCCCUCUCUUUCUCCUAUUUCUGUCUCUCCCCUCUCUAUUCUCUUCCUGUGUCUCUUUGACUGUCUCUGCCCCCUCUAAUUCUCUCCCAUGUCUGUCUCUUCUCUUUGUUUCUCCCCUUCCCUACUUCUCUUCCUGUGUCUCUCUCUGUCUCUCCGCACAUAUUCCCCAGUGUUCCCUCCCCUUGGUUUUCUUUUCUUUCUCCUCCCUGGGCCAUUUGAGGGAAGGAGGGAAAAAAUGAAAAAGGCCCUAAAAUGUCCGCAGCGCUCUAGCUUUCUCCGGAGCCUCUUUACCCCCGAUCUCUUUGGAUCUCUGAAGCCCAUUGGUGGGUAAGGAGAGCACCUGGGAUCGAUCCUCUAGAGGGCCGAAGGGGGAGGGUGGGAACAGAGACAGAAACGGACCGAGGCGAGAUCCGGGCCCAGAAGCGGAGCUGGGCGUGCCUGGGCCGGUACCCCGGGCCAGGGCUGACUCAGUCCCCCAGCGGGCCCCAACCUGCGCUUGCUGGCGCGAGUCUCUCCCCCUCCUCCCUCAGCUGGACUUUCCUUUUCUCUUCUUCCUCUCCUCUCUCCUCCCUCCCCCUUCAAACGCCGCUGGGGUCAGAAUGUCGGGGCCGCAGAGGCCUUCGGGAGGGUCCAGCCCCUGGCCCCUCUAAAGAAAGGGAUCCUGAGGCCCGUCCGCGGAUGUUCCGCCACUAGGAGUGAGUCCGGAGCCGGAGUCAUUGCGGCGGGGAGACCUUGGUCGGUUUCCCCCGUGAUGGGGCGCUCCAGCUCUAAGAUCUCCCCGUCAGACUUUGAACCCCGCGCUCCUGACUCCAAAUCGAGGGCGCUUUUGACGAUCCCAACAUGAAGCUUCGGGUCCCCUCCCCCCCUCCCUUCCCGUCCAGUCACCCCUGCUGGGCACCCCCCCAUUCCCAGCUCCCCCUCCCCCGCCGGCCCGGGAGCCCUCCUGGGAGAAGCGGCCGCUUCCCGGGGGGCCCGGAUUUCGGAAGGGAAACUUCCCAGCUCAGGACCCGCGAAGGCCACGAAGUGGGGAUGGGGGGAGUCUCGACACUCGGGGAGGCACUUCCUUGCCCUGGGAGGGCUCAGGGGCUAAGGGUCAUGGGCUCAUCCACCGGGCUGCGGCUGCUCGGACCUCGGACCAGGAGUCUGGGUUGGCGGCAGGACACCUGGGUCCCCUUGCCCCGCCCAGGCCAAGGACACGCCUUUCUUCCAUGGAGGAAAGAAAGGAGGCCCAGAGGAAAGCGAGGAAAAACCUCGCCACAAGCUCGGACGCCUCCACCUCGGCCAGGCGGCCGCGUAGCCCUUUAAAUCCCGUCCUUCUACUCGACCCUCUCGGCACUCGACUGGCUGAGUCCACCUGUAAAAAGGGACGAGCUUCGUCCUCCUGUCUCUGAAAGCAACUGCCCGGGCUUACGGAUCGACGCAGGCGCACAGCCAACUCUGCCAAAAGGAGAUAGAGCAAGGUCUGGCAGGAUCCUGAUUGGACGGCCCUGUGGAGCAUCGGGGCCAAUGAAAGGGCGGGAUUGAGAGGGAGGACCCGGGAAGGCCGUUGCCAAGGACGACCUUAAGGGGCGGGAACUUGUUUGGGCGGAAAUGGGGCGGGGUCAAGGCCGGAUGCAGGAAGUAGACUGCGGGACGCAGGACGCGGCGGCCGCUGCUCCCUGUUCCCUCUCCUGGUCUCACUCCAGUCCAGAGACGCGAUGGAGAAGCUGCGGCUCCUGGGCCUGCGCUACCAGGAGUACGUGACCCGCCACCCGGCCGCCACGGCCCAGCUGGAGACGGCGGUGCGAGGCCUCAGUUACCUGCUGGCAGGUCGCUUCGCCGAUUCCCACGAGCUGUCGGAGCUGGUGUACUCCGCCUCCAACCUGCUGGUGCUCCUGAACGACGGCAUCCUGCGCAAGGAGCUAAGGCAGAGCCUGCCCGUGUCGCUGUCCCAGCAGAAGCUGCUGACAUGGCUGAGCGUGCUCGAGUGCGUGGAGGUGUUCAUGGAGAUGGGGGCCGCCAAGGUGUGGGGGGAAGUGGGCCGCUGGCUCAUCAUCGUCCUCAUCCAGCUGGCGAAGGCUGUGCUGCGCAUCCUGCUGCUGCUCUGGUACAAGGCCGGCCUCCAGACCUCGCCCCCCAUCGUGCCACUCGAUCGGGAAGCGCAGCUCCAGCCCCAAGGUGGUGAGCACAGCGUGGGCAGCCAGGACCGGCCCUACGUGGGGAAGCGGUCCAACCGUGUGGUGCGGUCCCUGCAGAGCACGCCAUCCUUGCACUCGAGGCACUGGGGAGCCCCUCAGCAGCAGGAGGGGCAGCCACACCACCGAGCAGAGGAGCUGGAGGCCGGCCCCACGCCCCUGGGGUUGCAGGAGACCAUUGCUGAGUCGGUGUACAUUGCCCGGCCCUUGGUGCACCUGCUGAGCUUGGGCCUGUGGGGUCAGCGGUCAUGGAAGCCUUGGCUCCUCUCUGCCAUCUUGGACGUGACCAGCCUAAGUCUGCUGAGUGACAAAAAAGGGCUGACUCGGCGGGAGCGACUGGAGCUCCGGCGGCGGACCAUCCUGCUGCUCUACUACCUGCUGCGCUCCCCCUUCUAUGACCGUUUCUCUGAGGACAGGAUCCUCUUCCUGCUGCGGUUGCUGGCUGAUUACAUUCCUGGUGUUGGUCUGGUCAUCCGGCCACUGAUGGACUACUUGCCUGCAUGGCAGAAAAUUUACUUCUACAAUUGGGGCUGACGGGCAAUCCAGGGCUUGCUGAGAGGGUGGGGGAUGUGGGGGGCAGGCUCUGAGGCAGGAUCAGGCAGCCCAGCCCUUCAGCCCUUCAGCGCCUCUGUCCUCUAAUAAAACUGGCCCCGGUGAUGCUCCUAAGCGUGUCCCCUCUGUGCCCCCACUGGGGAGCCCUGGAACCCACACCCAGCUGGCCUUCUGGGGAGCUGGAGCCUCUAAAGUCACUGCGGCUCCAUAACGACCACCAGCUCUAUUCAGCACACCCCCUGGGCCUGCCCUUCCGCACUGCAGUGCCGCCUCUUAAUGAACCUCCUGGGAAGGAAGCUCCAUCAUGUGCAGUCGUCUCUGUUACAAAACAAGAAGCUGCUAAUCCCUGGGAAGUAGAACUGGUCACCUUCCAGCCUCGGGACCAGCCACCUCUGGUCAGGGCUUGCCACUGAAGGUAAAAAGGGAGAACCUUGGUAGAGCUGGGAUGUGGUCAGGUGGAGUCCUUCGGGGUCUCCCCUCGUCCAGGUCUUUACUCUUUCCUCCCCGACUCAGAAAUAAGAUUUCACUUUCAUAAUGAA